UCCAUUCCAUUCCCGUCCAUUCCAGCGCUUAUAAGAACAUGACGACCAACAACAAGAAGAUGCGGAAAUAAAACAAGUUUCUCAAGACACUACAAAGAUAAUCUAAUAAUGGCGAACAGAAAUCCUGACAACAGUUUAACAACGCCUAAAGAAUGCAUUAAAGGAUUGCCUGAUUUCGGAUGGCGUGUCAAACUCGACUAUGAAUGCACUGAAAAAUGUAAACCUUUCCAGUCACCCAGACUCAGCCAAAUUCCAUCACUUGUUGGUCUUGGAUUAAGGUAUACAGUUCAUACACUAAAAUGUUAUUCCAAAGGACGACGACCUCAUAUGGACUUUGUAAAUCCAGUUCUCCAUAAGCCUAUGUAUGGCUGCCCUAUCGGUGGGAUAGGUGCAGGAUCCAUCGGGCGGGGCUAUCGCGGGGAGUUCUGCCGGUUUCACAUGGUGCCCGGCAUGUAUGACUAUCACAUUGUUCAGGCAGACAGUUUUAUUGUAACGAUCCGUAAAGGAGGGCAAACUGUGUAUCAGAAGGUGUUAACGGGUCACCGUGUUAACAAGACCCUCAAGCUGUGGGAGUGGGGGUUUCCUCUGGGGCAGGGGACAUACCAGGCCCUGUACCCUCGGGCAUGGACUGUCUACAGUAUACCCGAGCACAACAUCAGGCUCCUGUGUCGACAGAUAUCACCAGUUAUUGCUCACAACUAUGAGGACUCGUCAUACCCAAUGGCUGCGUUCAUCUGGGAGGUGGAGAAUGAGGGCAAGGAAGACCUUGAUGUUGCCAUCACUUUCACAUUCAAGAAUGGUACAGGUGGAAAGAAGGACUUCCAUGGCGGGUGUUGGACGGAGAGUUUCCAACACACAGAGGAUGGUGUUGACCCAGUCACUGGUGUUAUGAUUCAUCAACGCAUGCAGGAUAUGCCCUGUACAUAUGCAGUAUCUGCAAAAGAAACUUCGGGAGUUUCUGUGAGCCACUGCCUUAACUUUGACCCCCAGGGGAAUGGGGCUGAGGUGUGGACAGAACUGCUCAACAAUGGCACACUCAAAUCUAAACAAGGCAGCAGUGAGAAGACAAAGAAGGGUAAGGAUGUCGCAGCAGCCGUGUCCCUCCUCUGUACAGCCACCCCGGGAACCACACAAACGCUAGAGUUUGGUCUCACCUGGGACAUGCCUGUCAUCCACUUCAGGGCCAAGGAAGUGCAAUAUUCUAGGCGCUAUGCUAAAUGGUUUGGGAAAUCUGGAGAUGCAUCACCCAAGAUGGCUGCCUACUGCCUGCAGCAUUACCUAUCCUGGGAGCAGCAGAUAGAGGCUUGGCAGGGUCCUACCCUUAACUCCAGAAAAAUACCUGCGUGGUACAAGGCUUUGCUGUUUAACGAGCUGUACUACGUCAGUGAUGGCGGCACAGUCUGGCUCCAUCCGCUAGAGCUGCCUGAAGAUGAUGAAGAACUCGAUGAAGAAAAUGUCGUUGAUGAAUAUGGGAAAUUUGCUUAUCUAGAAGGUCACGAGUACCGGAUGUACAACACUUAUGAUGUUCACUUCUACGCAUCGUUUGCCUUGAUAAUGUUGUGGCCUAAACUUCAGCUCUCUCUACAGUAUGAUCUGGCCAAGGCAGUGGUGCAUGAGAAUCCGGAGGUGUUCAAGUACUGUAUGGGCGGUCACACCGGGCUGCGGAAAGUCCGCUUCACUGUCCCUCACGACAUGGGAGAUCCAGAGGAUGAGCCAUGGGUGCGAGUAAAUUCUUACAACAUCCACCCAACAGCCGACUGGAAGGAUCUUAACCUCAAGUUCAUCCUGCAGGUGUACCGGGAUUACCACGCCACCAGUGACGAGGCCUACCUCAAGUCCAUGUACCCUGUCAUGAAGACAUUGGUUGAACGUAGUCUACUUUGGGAUAAGGACAAUGAUGGCCUCAUAGAGAAUGGUGGUUUUGCUGACCAGACAUUUGAUGCCUGGAUUGUUGAGGGAGCAAGUGCAUACUGUGGAGGCAUGUGGGUGUGUGCCCUGCGCAUGUUUGUGCAGGCGGGGCGUAUCCUGGGCCACACAGAGGACGUAGAGAAGUAUACAGAAACUCUCAACAAGGCCAAGGAGUCGUACGAGAUCAAACUUUGGAAUGGAAAGUACUACAACUAUGACUGCAGCAGCCAUGGUUACCAUGACAGUGUGAUGGCCGACCAGUUGGCGGGCAACUGGUACAUGCGGGCCGCCGGUAUAUCAGACAAAACAGUGUUUCCUCCUGAUCACGUGAAGUCCGCACUGGAGACAGUUUACAAGAACAAUGUGAUGGGGUUUGCGGAUGGAAACAUGGGGGCCAUAAACGGAACACGUCCAGACGGCAAGAAGGACAUCACAAGCUGUCAGUCAGAGGAGUUCUGGACAGGGGUCACGUCGUCACUGGCUGCUCAGAUGGUACAAGAGGACAUGUUGGAGGAAGCGUUCCAGACUCUGUGGGGCAACUACAACGUGUGUUGGGAGUGGCUGGGUCUCAUGUUCCAGUCCCCAGAGGCCUACAUGACUAGCAAACACUUCCGCUCCCUCGGCUACAUGCGCGCACUGGCCGUGUGGGCCGUACAGUGGGCUCUGGAGAAGUACCAACCACAGCUUUUCCCAGAAGAAGCGAAGUCAGGGAGCUCAGGGGCGGGGGAUAGUGGGGGUCUCACAGGGGCAAGGAGUAGCAGUGGUACGGAACCCCCAAAAGGAGAUGAUAGUAGUGGGACACAACUGCCCAUUGGGGAAGGUGAAGGGAGUGCCAGUGGGAUGGAUGGAGACAAGACCGACAGCGAAGCCAUCAGUGGGAAGGAUAUACUGGUAGCAGAGAGAUAAUAUAUGUAGUACAUGAGGUAGAUAGGAUCUCAACUGCCUUUCAAUGUUGUAUAUGAUACCAAAUCAGAAAAUAGCAUUAUUGUAGCAGCAUUUGGUAGCCUAUCCUGAUAAGAUCAAUAUAAAGUUCAAAACCAAAACAAAAGGUUUUAAGACUUUAAGAAAUGUUUGCAGAAUGCUUAUGUAAUAGGAUGUUUAUAAAAUAAUUUAUUUAGCCUAAUUAAAUGAUUUGUUUAGCCUAUGCAAAUUGUUUCGGGUUUUGAAUAACAAAAUGAUUAUUUCACACAAUGUUCAUCCUCAUUGUGAUAUUUUCAGGUUGUAACUGGCAUUAUUGUGUUAUAAAUGUACAAGUAUCUCUGGACAUAAAAUGAUUUAUUACUAUUACUUAUAUUGUUUAUGGAUUUAUGCUUCUGUACUUCUGUGUGCUUGAACCCUGUUUGAAGAAAAAAGGGUAACCAAACACAUCUGUGAAAUGUUUAAGCUUGAUGAAACACAUAGUCGGCAAUGUGUAGGGAGCCAUCACCACUACAGUCAGGUAGUCCCACUGUCUCAAUAACUAGAAAUAUCAAUCAUUACUCACAACAUAGAGGCAUCAUCUUAACUCACUUUAAUCUGCCACUAUGUUUAAUAUGGAUUGUUUUGAAAAUCCGCAUUUAUUGGCAAAUCUUCAUACAGCUAUAAGUUAUCACAAGCAGGUGUGGUGUAUAAAGCUUGCCAUGUGUACGUCAUUCCUACAGUCAGUCCUCAGAGCCAUCUUGUGUUCUCUUCAAUACACAGAUGACACAAACUGUUUAUUUUCUGUUUGUGUUUAUUUGCCUCUACUAAUUAUAUGGAAUAGUAUCUGUACACACUGUAUGUAACAAAGACCUUAUAUAUGCAUAGCAUAUAGAUGUACCUGUUAUUUUAAUUGUGUAUUAAAAAAAUAUAUAAUUUAGUUUUUAUGACUCCUCUGAAGGAGCAAUUUUGUACAUCAAAAUCUGUUUGUAUGUUUUCACAAUUGUUUUGUUAUUCAGUUGCUGCCAUGUUGUAUGCCCUUGUGAUCACUUGUUGGGGUUGUUGCAACCCUUAAAACUGUGGGUUGUUGAUCAUUACAUGUUUAUUGUCUUGAACUAAUAUGACCUGGGCUUACCCUAGGCACGUGGGAGAUGUUGUAGGACGAGUUCAGUCACCAGGUCUUAAACAACCAAAGUAAAUUUAUUACAUGUUGCCCAUAAAGGUUAAUCCAUUUUAAUUUGUUAAAUGUAUUUAUAACUUUUGUCUAUCUAGAAACUGCAUUCAUCAUUGCCAAUCAAUUAACCCUUGUAAACAAGGUGGUGAAAAGUACUGUUUGUUGUUUAGCUUUAUUGUGACAAAGCUAACAGCUUUAAUGUGUUAUAAAUCAAUAUGAUAUUCCUGGGUAGGCCUUAUUUAAAGUAGCAUUGAAAAGUCUACUUGGAUUGAAAUCAUAACCUUGUUGAUGGAUUCCCCAUUAAAAUAGAUUAAUCUGGACAGUUCAGGAUUUCUUUAAGUCAUUUGAGAUCUGGAUAAAACACUGAAACUAGAGAUAAAAAGUAGCUACCCAAAACAGUGGGUUAACAUGGAAUAAUUGUGACCUCAGUCUGAAUUGAGACAGAAAAAUGAAUCUCGGUAUAGUUCUAAAUUCUAGCAAUGUUGAUGGUAAAUAUCACCUGACCAGGUAUGAUCAAUUAGUUUGAUAAUUGAUAUACAUGUAAUAAAAUUUCAAAUAAUAAUGAUAUCAUCUGUCAUUUUCUCUUCCUGCCCUGAUGAUGGUGUAUUCAUAAAUGGUAGUACCACAUAGCGCCAUAUGUUUAUCCAUAAUAAACUAUUUCCAAAAUGACUGAAAGGAAGAACAAUUGAUUUUGGUCCAAAAAAAAUCAACUAAAACUCACCUGUUAGACCUACAACUGACAAACCUCAAGCUGCAACACUUUUCCACUUGACUAUGGUAUGCCCUGGUGCUGUGUGUACAUUUAUGUAAUUAGCUUGGUUUUGAAAUGUGACAUUGUUCAUGUUUUAUGGUAUUGUUGAAAAAAAGUCAGCCUUGUUUUUCAACGGGAUUAACAUACACAUGUACAUCAUUGUUCCAAUGACCCUGUUAUAGUCUUAUGUAAUUGAGAGGUAUGUGUUUUAUUAUUAAUUAAUUGAAAUGUUGUGAUGAGGAGCAGAAAUGAUAAUAUAGAUAUUAAUAGGUGAUACUUAUUGUGAUACACAUAAUAUCAUCAAUGUUUUUACCAACAAUACCCUCCCCUAUUUAUCAUUUCUUUUUAAUACAUAGUCAUGGGUAACUUGUCUGUGUAUCAUAUAUAAUUGUCCUGUAUAAAAACAGUGAGAGAAUUAUCAUAAUGCCAUUAGGAGCCUCCCUUCUCAAGGUAUAUUGUCCAGAUCUGGGUCAAGGCAGAGCUUUGUGUGGAUCGCUAUACAUUUAGCUGACAAUGUGUGGCAGAUUUAAGCCAUACUUUGGGAUUGAUUAAGAAUUAAUUCCAGAAUAAGGUUUACAUGACGUCAUAGCAUCUAAUAUCUCGGUGACAGAGUGACCUGGCAUGUUAUGUAUCUGUGGUUCAUUUGUUAUUGCACCGAGUGACCUGGCAUUGCUAUGUAUCUGUGGUUCACUGGUUAUUGCACUGAGUGACCUGGCAUUGAUGUGUAUCUGUGGUUCACUUGUUAUUGCACCGAGUGAACUUGCAUUGAUGUGUAUCUGUGGUUCACUUAUCUUUGCACCAAGUGACCUGGCAUUGAUGUGUAUCUAUGGUUCACUUGUUAUUGCACAGAGUAACCUGGCUUGAUAUGUAUCUGUGGUUCAUUUGUUAUUGCACCGAGUAACCUGGCUUGAUAUGUAUCUGUGGUUCACUUGUUAUUGCACCGAGUAACCUGGCUUGAUAUGUAUCUGUGGUUCACUUGUUAUUGCACCGAGUAACCAGACUUGAUGUGUAUCUGUGGUUCACUUGUCAUUGCACCAAGUGACCUGGCAUUGAUGUGUAUCUAUGGUUCACUUGUUAUUGCACCGAGUAACCUGGCUUGAUAUGUAUCUGUGGUUCACUUGUUAUUGCACCGAGUAACCUGGCUUGAUGUGUAUCUGUGGUUCACUUGUCAUUGCACCAAGUGACCCGGCAUUGAUGUGUAUCUGUGGUUCACUUGUCUUUGCACCCAGUGACCUGGCAUGUACAUGUAUCUGUGGUUCACUGGUUAUUUCACCGAGUGACCUGGCAUUGAUGCGUAUCUGUGUUUCACUUGUUAUUGCACCGAGUAACCAGGCUUGAUGUGUAUCUAUGGUUCACUGGUUAUUGCACCGUGUUACCUUGCAUGUAUCUGUGGUUCACUUGUCAUUGCACCGAGUGACCUGGCAUUAAUGUGUAUCUGUGUUUCACUGGUUAUUGCACCGAGUGACCUGGCUUGAUAUGUAUCUGUGGUUCACUGGUUAUUUCACCGAGUGACCUGGCAUUGAUGGGUAUCUGUGUUUCACUUGUUAUUGCACCGAGUAACCAGGCAUUAAUGUGUAUCUGUGUUUCACUGGUUAUUGCACCGAGUGACCUGGCUUGAUAUGUAUCCGUGGUUCACUGGUUAUUUCACCGAGUGACCUGGCAUUGAUGUGUAUCUGUGGUUCACUUGGCAUUGCACACUAUUGAGUGAAGAUAGCAAGGCAGUGUGUCCUCUUGCAAUUAAUACAGAUUUGGUUGUAUGAAACACCUGUUUAAAAAUAUGUUCUGUCCAUCAAUAGUUGAUAAUUUUUUAUUACUGUUUUAUUUUGGAAUGCUGUAUGCUUGUUAUGUAUAAGUUGUGCGUAUGGGUGGGUGUGUAGGUGCGUGCAUUUAUAUGUGUGUUAUGAAAGUUAUGAAAGAAUUAAAUCACUUUAACAACUGUUUCAAGUGUAUAAAUUUGUAAUAAUAUUAUUGAAUUUGCCAUAGUUAUUAUGAUGUAAUGUGUAUUUUAAAAUAUAUGUAAAAAUAUGUAUGAUGUUCUCCAAAAUAAUAUACCAUUGGUUUAACUAUAAGCCCUUGAGCUACAAAAAAGAAACAAUUUAAAAUUUGAUUUAACUCCUUUUAUAUGGUUUGAAUGGUAGUUAAGACAUAAGCUACGAUAUUGAUGUCUAAAAGUACUAUAACAUGUUGUUUAUAUCUUCAUUAACUUCUUAUUGAUCUGUAGAUUUUUGGAGGGCAGUUGAUUUUAUUUAUAGAAUAUUGCAAAUGUGUUUACACUGUUAAUAAAUUUGAAUCCUCGCUGGAGACCUGCCACCAUCUGUCCUUAACACACCUUGUUCAUUUGGUUCCACUUUACAGCCUAUCACGUUUUUAUUAUUGGCUGAUGAAGAGUUUAUUUCUCAAUUCAGUUUUAUUAAAAUCUCUAAUCUUUCACACCAAAGAAGCAGAUCAUUGUAAAGGAUUUAAUUUUUGACUGAGUAUAGUUUUGACAUUAUGUUUUGUUUUGCGACAUUCUUGUUUGAGUUUCAAGCAGUUUACUUCAAGAAAAUAUUAAACGAUGUCCCUUCUAUUGCUUUAUACCAUUCAGUUUUGCAUAUUUGAUAUGGACUGAAAUUUGAUCAAUAUUUUUCACCUGCUUCAUUUAUAUCCCUUCUGUGCAAUAUUAGCCGUUGUUUUGUUUGUAUACAGAAACAUGUAUUCAUGUGUUUUUUGACAGUCAGAAAUGAAUAUUCAUGUGUUUGUGGACAGUCAGGUCAGAAACAUGUAUUCAUAUGUUUGUCAACAGUCAGAAAUGUAUAUGCAUGUGUUUGUGGACAGUCAGGUCAGAAACAUGUAUUCAUAUGUUUGUCAACAGUCAGAAAUGUAUAUGCAUGUGUUUGUGGACAGUCAGGUCAGAAACAUGUAUUCAUAUGUUUGUCAACAGUCAGAAAUGUAUAUGCAUGUGUUUGUGGACAGUAAAACUGUAAUGUAUAUUCAUGUGUUUUAAGGCUGUCAGGAAUGUGUAAAUAAACAGUCAGGAACGUAUAUUCAUGAGUAUCAUAGCUCUAGCCUCACGCUUGUAUCACUUUAACUGCAAAUAAUAAAUGUUUUCCCUUGC